CAUUAUACGUUACGUUACUAGUAUUUCCAGUGUAGAAGAGCUCGUGAUUUCAUUUGACCAAAUAUGUCCGCCCUGAAAGCAUUCAUCAUGUUCGCCCUAUUGUCCGUGGCUUACUGUGCGCCCAGCCCAGGCUUCUUCGGCAAACACGAACAUCAUACGAUCCAUGUUCCAUACAAGGUUCACACGGUUCACCACCAUCAUGUACAGAAGAUUCAUGUUCCGGUGGUAAAGCACGUGCCCAUUUACAAGGAGGUUCCUGUUCACCACGUACACCACGAGGAGAUCCUCCCAGUGCCCGUUCACGUCCAUCACGAGGAGGUGCCAGUCCAUCAUGUCUACGAGGAUCAUCACGAUUACCACAAGGGCUGGAGCUCAGCGCACCAUGGACACGGCUGGAUCUAGGUCGUCAGCCCCACCAAAACGCUCCACCAAACCAAUAAAACCCAGCCCAACCCUCCUGACUGUAAAUAUUAUACAAUUCCUAAGUUAAUGAUUGUAAAUAAACUGAAUUCGA